CCAAUGAUUUCGACGAGAUUGUUUUGGUUUUGCAAUGUCCAAAGAAAAUUCUCAGAAAAAAAACGUGAAAAUCCCCAAAGAAAAUGAUAAUUUUGAGUAGUGAGCUGUACCGGGAGGUCCUGCAGAGGAUUAAGAAUUUCCCAGGAUUGUCUAUAGAGUGCCUCCACCUCCUGCAUCAGACAUAUCCGCAAUUUUCUCCGCGGACAAUUUGGAGUAUCCUGAGUUGGGAGCACAAAGAGAGAUUGCCAGAAGAUUACAGCAAAAUCCAGCAGAAUAGUCCAGAAUUGCUGCAGGAUUAUGAAAGGAGGAUAGAAAAGGAUCCCACGUGUGAAUUUACAGUGCUUGUUAUGGCAGCUGAAAGGAGAUAUUCGCCUUUCAUCCUCUCCCGGAUAUUGCUCAAGGAGAAGCUAAAAACCAAUGAAUACAAGGCCAAUAAAUUGCUCUUUCAUCCUCAUAGGAUCCACGAUGAGGUCCUCCGGAGGAAUGUUGAGCAGUGUAUUGAGCUUGAUAUUCUCGAGGGGCCAGUUCCGGAUGCCUACAGGGACAAAAUUGGGGUGUUUUUUGAGAAUAUGCUGUAUUCCAUCCUCAGUUCCGCGGGAAUAUCAUUUGACACGCAGCUUGAUCUCCAGAAAAAGGGCUAUAGAAAAACUCCUGACGCCAGGCUCCUCUCCAGGUGCUUCUACCGCGGCCGGAGGAUUCACUGGAUCGAAAGCAAGGCCUUCUUCGGGAACACCUUCAACCAUGGGAAGGUUGUCCAGAGACAACUGACUCCGUACAGCGAAGAAUUUGGGGCUGGAAUUGUCAUCUACUGGAUGGGCUUCGUGACGGAUAUCCUGGAAGACGUUCCCAGUAAAGAAAAUGUCUUCAUCCGAUGUGACUUUCCCAGCCCUCAGGAAUUCAGUGUCCUAUGAAAAAUGUGAUCAAAAAACUGCCCGUUUUGUAAGAAAUAAAAAGUACCUGUUGCUUG